CGCCGCCUGACGGGACCGCCGCCUCGCGCUCCGCCCCGCCCCGCCAUUGGCUGCUGAGGCGCGCGGCCUCUAUUUGAAUGUUGGCGGUUGCCGGCGCCGCCAUCACUACCGGCCACAGCGGCUCUCUCAGGCGGGGUCCGCCGCCGCCGCCGCGCUCUCCGCUUCCCUCAGACACGGCCAUAGCGGCGUCCUCAGGGCGGCCUGAAAAUGUUGAGGGAAGACGAGAAAGCGAUCCCGGUACGCGUGGCGCUGCGCUGCCGUCCCUUGGUGCCCAAAGAAGCUAGCGAAGGGUGUCAGAUGUGUCUGUCCUUCGUGCCCGGGGAGCCGCAGGUGGUCGUAGGUAACAAUAAGUCAUUCACGUAUGAUUAUGUGUUUGACCCUUCUGUCGAGCAAGAGGAAGUCUUCAACACGGCCGUCGCCCCUCUCUUACAAGGCAUCUUCAAAGGGUAUAAUGCUACUGUCUUAGCUUAUGGACAGACAGGAUCUGGAAAAACCUAUUCCAUGGGAGGUACUUACACUGCUAGUCAAGAGCAUGAGCCUCAUGUCGGUGUCAUUCCCCGGGUAAUCAAAAUGCUAUUUAAGGAGAAGGACCAAAGGCAGGAUUGGGAAUUUCUCCUCAAAGUUUCUUAUCUAGAGAUCUACAAUGAGGAUAUCCUGGACCUGCUGUGCCCUUCAAGAGAACGGUCAUCACAAAUCAGCAUACGGGAAGAUCCGAAAGAAGGCAUAAAGAUUGUAGGACUAACAGAAAAAAAUGUCACCUGUGCCCAAGAUACUGUCUCUUGCCUGGAGCAAGGGAACAACGCCAGAACAGUGGCUGCCACAGCAAUGAACUCCCAGUCAUCACGGUCACAUGCCAUCUUCACCAUUUGCAUUGAUCAGAAGAAGAAAAAUGACAAGAACACCAGUUUUCACUCCAAGCUACACCUGGUUGAUCUUGCUGGCUCUGAGAGACAAAAGAAGACCAAGGCUGAGGGAGACAGACUAAAAGAAGGCAUCAACAUCAACAGAGGACUCCUCUGCCUGGGGAAUGUAAUUAGUGCUCUUGGUGAUGAGAAUAAAAAGGGAGGUUUUGUCCCCUACAGAGACUCAAAGUUAACGAGACUGCUGCAAGAUUCUCUGGGUGGUAACAGCCACACUCUCAUGAUUGCCUGUGUAAGCCCAGCAGAUUCCAAUCUAGAAGAAACUCUAAAUACCCUGCGUUAUGCUGACAGAGCAAGAAAAAUAAAAAAUAAACCAAUUGUCAAUCUCGAUCCCCAGGCGGCCGAGUUGCACAAUCUAAAGCAGCAGGUUCAACAGCUACAGGUGUUGUUGCUGCAGGCCCAUGGAGGGACUCUCCCGGUGUGUCUCAAUAGCAUGGCACCUUCAGAGAACCUCCAGUCCCUCAUGGAGAAGAACCAGUCACUAAUGGAGGAGAAUCAGAAGCUGAGCCGAGGCCUGAGUGAGGCUGCUGGUCAGACAGCACAGAUUCUGGAGAGGCUCAUUCUGACAGAGCAAGAAAAUGAGAAGAAGAAUGCCAAACUAGACCAACUUCAACAUGCUGUGUGCAAGCUUGAUCUGCAGAACCUGGCAGAGACUGUGGAAGAUGAGGAAGUAAAAGUGAAUGUAGAGGUGAUUCGCAAUCUGAAGCAAUUGUUGGCCCAGUUCCAGAGUGAAAAUGCUGCUGCAAUGGAAACUGCUGCUGAGAUGGCAAACUCUGAACAAGAUGCUGCAGCUGAAGCAGAAACAGGACAGGCUACCAAGAGAUCCUCGGAUGAUUUCAGCAUUCAACAUGCCCUCCGUCAAGCCCAGAUGUCCAAAGAGCUGCUUGAAUUGAAUAAAGCCUUGACUCUGAAAGAGGAACUUGCCAAAAAAAUGACGCAGAAUGGUAGUCAGUUGGAGCCCAUUCAGUCCCAAUACCAGGCAAAUAUCAAGGAACUGGAAUUGGAGGUCAGCAAUUUGCAAAAAGAAAAGGAGGAGCUUACCCUCGCUCUGCACAUGGCAAAGAAGGAUGUCAACCAAGCCAAACUGAGUGAAAGGCGUCGCAAAAGACUUCAGGAGUUGGAAGGGCAAAUUAAUGAGCUGAAGAAAAAGCUGAAUGAGCAAUCAAAGCUCUUAAAGCUGAAGGAAUCUACGGAACACACGGUCACCAAACUGAACCAGGAAAUCAGGGAAAUGAAAACCCAAAGGGUACAACUGAUGCGCCAAAUGAAAGAUGAUGCUGAGAAAUUCAGGCAAUGGAAACAACAGAAGGAUAAGGAAGUGAUCCAGCUGAAAGAACGGGAUCGCAAGAGACAAUAUGAGCUGCUUAAGCUAGAACGAGAUUUCCAGAAGCAGGCCAAUGUACUUCGACGCAAAACAGAAGAGGCAGCAGCCUCUAACAAGCGCCUGAAGGAUGCUCUGCAGAAACAACGGGAGGCUGCAGACAAACGGAAGGAGACUCAAAAUCGGGGAAUGGAAGGAGUUGCUGCCCGAGUAAAGAGCUGGCUUGCAAAUGAAGUAGAGGUACUUGUUAGCACUGAAGAGGCUAGACGGCACCUUGCAGACCUUCUGGAGGACAGAAAGAUCUUGGCCCAGGAUCUCCUUCAGCUUAAAGAGAAGAAAGAGGCUGGGGAAAACCCACCUCUAAAGCUCCGGAGACGCACCUACUCCAUCACAGAUCUGCAGGCAUCAGAGAUGGACCUUUCCUUAUCUAAGCAGAUAGAAAGCCUGGAAACUGAGAUGGAGCUCAGGAGCGCCCAGAUUGCGGAUCUCCAGCAGAAACUCUUGGAAGCAGACAAUGGAGAUCGUGUAAAACAGCGUUGGGACACCAUUGCAACCAUUCUAGAGGCUAAAUGUGCUUUGAAGUAUCUCCUUGGAGAGCUUGUCUCCUCAAAAGUGCAGGAAAGCAAGUUGGAGAGCAGCCUGCAGCAGAGUAAAGCCAACUAUUCGGACAUGCAAAAGAUGCUGACUGAAGAGCAAAACCACAUCACAGAGCUCCAAAAUCAGCUUUUGGUGCGGGAACAACAGCACCAGGGGGAGGUUCUGUACCUGCUUAGCCAAUUUCAGCAAAAAGAAGCAGCAAAGAAGGAACUGGAAGAUUCACAGAGUGAGCAGGAGAAACAACUGCAAGAGCGGCUCAAGUUCCAGGAGAAAGAGUUGGAGAAAAUGAGGGAGAUGUGUGAGAAGAACCAAGAACUUCUCCGGGAAAAUGACACUCUUAAACAGAAAAUGCUGCUCCUUCAAGUUGCCAGUGGACAGAAGCUCCGCCACCUUCAGCAAAUGGCAUCCGAGUCCCCAGAGUCUCCCUUUGAUUACGUUCCACCCAAGCCAAAGGCUCGCCGGCAAACGACAGCCAAACCCCGUGCAGUGACCCCAGAAAUGGAUGUGGAAGAGCUGUUCUCUGACUCGGGGGAGUCUGGAGAGGAGAUGGGUGAUGCAGACUGGGUUCCAGCAAAAGCAGCCAAAGGAGCAAAGAAAAGCGUGACAGGGUGCUCCUGCAAGGGCCGAUGUGGAAACAAGCAGUGUGGCUGCAGGAAGCAGAAGGUGGGCUGCACCGAAGGCUGUAGCUGUGACUCUGCAAAAUGCAGAAACAGAGACCCCAUCUUUCCGGAUGCCACGCUUUGCGAGGACCAAUCGAGGGACUCUGAAGGUUCCUCCAAACUUGAAGAUUCCACUGGAGCAACUGUAGCAGAGACCUUUUUUAAGCCUGUCACGCAGCCUACAAAGGUCUUGAAAGAUAUCACAGGCCAAGAAGUCUUCAUGAAGAAGCCGGGCGCUCCCUCUUCCCUGCCCGUGAGCGAUGAGGAACUUCAGGAGAACCAGAUGCUGUUUGUGAAGCGGAAGAAGAGAAUGCUGAUGAGCAACACCAGCUUCUUUGCAGGUUGUACCCCCAUUAAAGAGGCCUGACUGAGGAGCCCAGGAGAUGCCCUGUGCCUGAGUGGUGCUGUGCUUCUUUCGACCGCCUCGCUGGUGACUUUUUAACAUGUUGAGGUCUCUCGCUGAGGCAAAGACCUGAUGACUCUCAAGCCUGACAGCUUCUGGCACCAGCAAGGAAGUCAAACACUAGUUCUUGCUAGAUUGUCUGAUUUAUUGUAAAAAUUUGUAUGUGUGGGUCCUCAGCCCCGAGAGUAAGAAACUAUUUCCUCUGGUAUGUCUGCUUUUUAUCCGCGUUUCUCAUUCCAGCUGCCUUCCUCCUCCUCCUGAGCUGUGAACCUCUUGGGUACAGUUUAAUGCAUAAUCUUGAAAGAACUUUGUAUUUGCACUGGAAAUCUGGGCACUGUCCAGUCCCAUACAGCAUCAGCUGCCCUGUGAGAUCCACUGGUGCCUGAUCUUGAGGAGGCCCUGGAUGUAGUCUUAACUGAACUACCAGAUAUGAAAUGGUUGUUGUUUCUCUAUCACUGUUGAAUGAAGUUCCAAAACUUUCUAGCCCUAUUGUGAAUGUCGUAGUAAUUUUAUAUGAUUUAAUAAACUAGUUUGCAAAAACCCCCAA